AGAACGGAGCAAAUAACCCUUGCUACUGGAUUGGAAGGAGAAACAGAGCAGGUUGAUUCGUUUGCUCAACAAUCAGCUGCGGAUCUGUCUUCGGAGGGUGGAAGUUUGAAUGGGACGACCAAAAAAAGAAAAGGAAGAGGUCCAAUAAAGGGUGUCAAACCUGGGCACAACCUCUCCCUGGAAUUUCACAACAACAUGAUAAUUACCACUCAGGCAGUCCAUGAAAUUUCAGCUAAAUUCAAAAGGAGCAUCAAUUGGCCUUGGAUUACGUUCUUAGAGUAUCCUGCAUCAGAGUUGCAGACUGUGAUAGCUCGUUUCAAGGACUCAAGAUUCACUUACACUGGUUCAGAAGAGACUUUCAACAAAAUGGAAAUAAGUGAUAAGAAUAAGAGAAUCGGGAGAAGAGUGAGCUUGCAGCCACUGGCGCUUCAGCACCUUUGGCCAACUACAGAGAUGAAGAGAUGUUUCCAUGUGAAGAAGGACAAGAACUGGGUUAGCUCAAAAGAAAAAAACCUGCAUGAUGGAAUGAUAGAAGCAGAGGCUGAAAAGGUAUCCCAAGGAAACGAACCAAACAUAUUUGCCAUCUAUCAAGAAGUGAUAGGACCACAACGCCCCAAGCGUGUUCUAGGGAUGGGUCAUGGGGUGAGCUCGGUUGAUGUCUUCGGUCCCCCAUCGAGUCAAGGGAGUCAGGGUUGCAGCAAGCGUUGUUAGGAGGAUCGAACCAAAGAAAGGGAAAAAAUGAUGAGAAAAUGAAGAAGUUGGGGGAUGACAUCAUAGAUGUGAGGAAUGCAGCCCCUCACAUCGUUGAAUAUAUGUUGCAGAGGCUUGGAGUGCAGAAGCCCGAGUCAUUCGACAUGGAUCUCUAUAGUGAAGAGAAUGGGGAACAUGGUCGAGUUGGCGAAACUCAGGGUAACGAUGCGUCCGAUGACGAGUCCGAUGAGGAGACUGCCGACGAGACUGCUGCUGCUGCAUGAACUUCUUUUUAAUGCUAUCAUAGGACUCUAAGUAUCGCUUGAAUUAGAGAUAUUUUGUGUCAUUUUCGGAGGAUAGUUUGCCUUUUGAUUUUUGGAUGUUUGGUCGUAGCUGAUGGCUACUUGUAAGACAGUUUUAAAUCAAUUUCGGAAUAUUAUCAUAUAUGCUUAACUUCGUUUGGAUGAUUUUUUUGUGUGGUCAUCACUAGAAGUGUAAUGGCGU